CUUGGGUUUGCCUCCCGGAAUGCGCCGGAUAGAUGUGCGGUGCGGAUACUGCGCAGCGCCGGGGGUCGCGGUCCCUGGCGGCUUCCUGCACGGAUGAGUGCUUGGGAUUCCAUUUGUUUUUGCUGAACUUGUAAAGGAGACACCUGGAUGGUGGAUUAGCAAGAACACUGACCUGUGGGCAGCCUCAUAGCUGAGAACAUUGGAUUUUCACCCUAGUCCAGCAGCUCUGCUGCUCACAUAGAUACAGAUGAAUGAAGACCCCAUUCGGGAAGACACCUGGCCAGCGGUCCAGAGCUGAUGCAGGCCAUGCUGGAGUAUCUGCAAACAUGAUGAAGAAGAGGACAUCUCACAAAAAACAUCGGACCAGUGUGGGACCAAGCAAGCCUGUGUCCCAGCCCCGGCGGAACAUCGUAGGCUGCAGGAUCCAGCAUGGGUGGAGAGAGGGCAACGGCCCUGUCACCCAGUGGAAGGGGACUGUCCUGGACCAGGUGCCUGUGAACCCUUCCCUGUAUCUUAUAAAGUAUGACGGAUUUGACUGUGUUUAUGGACUAGAACUUAAUAAAGAUGAAAGAGUUUCUGCGCUUGAAGUCCUCCCUGACAGAGUUGCAACAUCUCGGAUCAGCGAUGCACACUUAGCGGACACAAUGAUUGGCAAAGCAGUGGAGCACAUGUUUGAAACAGAGGAUGGCUCUAAAGAUGAAUGGAGGGGAAUGGUCUUGGCACGGGCACCUGUCAUGAACACAUGGUUUUACAUCACCUAUGAGAAAGACCCCGUCUUGUACAUGUACCAGCUCCUAGAUGAUUACAAAGAAGGCGACCUCCGCAUCAUGCCCGAUUCCAAUGAUUCGCCUCCAGCAGAAAGGGAGCCAGGAGAAGUUGUGGACAGCCUGGUAGGCAAACAAGUGGAAUAUGCCAAAGAAGAUGGCUCGAAAAGGACUGGCAUGGUCAUCCAUCAAGUAGAGGCCAAGCCCUCUGUCUAUUUCAUCAAGUUUGAUGACGACUUCCAUAUUUACGUCUACGAUUUGGUGAAAACAUCCUAGAUGUCAUCACAAACUCUGCCAAAUUUGUGGAACUAUUAAAUGUAUAAUUUGUAGACAUAAAGACUUGAUUGCUUUCCAGUUUAAUGAAAGCUUAGAUGUCCCUGCGAACCCACAAUCUCCACCAGCAGAGCUGGUGUUGUUCUGAAUAGUGCAGACUGAUUCGAACACAAGGCAUCUGGGAGAGGGGUCCUCCCUCUUCAAAGCAUCUGUGAGAGGGGUCCUCCUUCUUCCAAGAAGGCUGUCUGUGGGGGGUUACAAGCAAGGUGGUAAAAGUUAAGCUAGUAUCAUAGUCAUUUAAACCUGGAUAGGUUGUAACCAUUUUCCCUUCACUCUGACACUGUCUUAUUCUGCUGCCACAAUGCAAGCAUAGUUUGUUAUUUUUGUUACUGCCUUUUUUGAGAGAUUAUGUAUCUAUAUAGCUACCUGUCUAGAUCUGCAUCUGUGUGCCUAUGUAUAUAUUAUACACACACAGAAGCACUCACCGCUGGCACUCCUUCCUUGCGGAUUGGAGUGGGGGUGAUAAUGUUUUCUCCAGUUCAACAGGAGUGCUUGACCCAAGUCAGUCAUAUUUAUAAUAUGCCUGCUCUUUGUUUAAAAUUACAUUUGGGCACAGGAAGCACACAGAGACAUUUAGGUUGUUUCAAAAGUACCAUUUCAAUCUGGAGGCUUUCAGCUGAGUCCAGGUAUAAAUUAGCCAUAAACAGUCAAUGACCCACAGUAGAAUUUAGUAAACUGUUGAGAAAUCUGGGUGAAAGGCUGCCUUCAAUUCUAAGCUUUGUUUUUGUUGUUAUUUGUUUGUUUCUGUUGUUGUUUACUCUUUAAUCGUAAGUACUUUUAAAAUAGAACCCAGGUCCUUGGUUCACAUGGAAUAAUGUAGAUAUGCUUUUAGAUGGCACAUUGGUCCAUUUGUACACACCUGUCAUCGAGAUCUUAGUACAUGGACUUAAAAGGCAACAAUACACCAAUGGUUUGUAUAUGUGAUAAAUUCCCGCAAGAACAGUGCAUUUGUAUUAGAAAAGUUUUAAGUAUGGCCUUGUUGCCUUCUAUCAAGUUCUCUGGGACUUUUUAAUUUUUAUUACUACUAUUGUUCUAUAUGAUUAUGGUCAGAAGGCCUCUUCUCCCCUUCCUUACUCACCCCUGCUCCUCCUGACUUUCCCCCACAGAAAAUGUUAGACCAAUAUGGCUUCUUGCCUUGACCCUGUUGUGGCAGUGUCUGUUCUUGCUCCAAGUGUGCUAUUCAUGCAGGUUUAUUCCCUCCAUGGCCUCUGGGCUUUGCAUGUCUAUGAUGUGUCACUGGAAGGUUAUCCUUGCUGGUUAUGGGUGGAUCGCAGCUCUUCGCCAUCAAGUGCAUUCAUGAUAUGUUCCUGUGAGGUUAUGUGGAGCUGAAAUAGAACUGAAGUGCAGUUUGUUGACUAGCCAGACAUCUACUUGCUCUCACUUUGUUCUGGAAGAACCCUGGUAGCUUGUCAGCUGGGAGAAAGAUGGUUUGUAAAACCAGUUUCUCAUGGAGGUUGGAAAUCGUAUCUGUGGCUGGACAGUCUUGGGUACUGUCAGGCAAAUACCAGAGGCUUGGUCAAGUGUAGUUCUGCUUACCUAGUUGGGGUUCUUCCUGAUGCAAGAAAUUAUUCAUGGUUCAAGGCGCAUGGUUAUUGGAUAUCCGUUUAGUCUUCACAGGCCGCCUUACGCUGCUGGGUGGUCACAACUGCUCACCAUGUGAACACAGUACCUCAGUUCUGUCCCUGACUGCAGUCACCUUGUGCUCAGUGUUUCCUCAUAGGCACCAGGGACAAGCUUCGCAAUGCAAUGUGAUAUACCCUAGUCUUUGGUUCCUCUAGUAUAUGUGACCAGGUGUCGUCCUGCAUGUAAUCUCCAAGCUGAGUCUGACUCUUACAGCCCAUACUGGUAUAUGUGGCACAAGUGGGUGAGCGUGUCCUGCAUGCACCGCUAGGGUGCGGAACACGGCACGGUGACUAGAAAGUAAAAUUGGAUCAGUUACAAUGUGUCUGCCAUUAUCUGAUGACUUGCAUUGUGGUUUUCUGCAAGCAACCCAAAUUAACUUUGGCUCCCCGUGAACUCCCGGUCUGGAGGAAUACAACAUGAUGACGGUGAUGACUUGGAUCACUAUCCCAUUUAUUGCCUUUACAUAAGGUUGAGGGAAGGGGAAGGUUUUUAUUUGUUUGUUUGUAUUUUAAUUGGUUUUAAUCCCUCCCCCUACCCCACUCUUCUUUUGGUGGCUUCCACCACCCUUAAUGGUGACGGACUCCUCCUGAGCCUGCCACCUUGGGCUUCCCUUAGGCUCACACUUCAGAUCUGCAUGCAUUGCUUGCAUUGUUCUGGUAUCUGAAUGUUGAUUCCUCAUUUAGGAGUUCAGCAUUAAUUUCCAAAAUUCUCAUGGGGCUUGUGGCAACACGAGCCGUGAAUCUGUGUAUAAAAUUUACUGGCCUUCUUCACUUACCUGCUCUAGUAUCGUAUCGUGUGUGCGUGCGUGUGUGACGUCAGGCUGCCACGUAAACUUCAGAGAAGAACCUUAAAGCAGACCAUCCAUUUUUGCAUGCUCUCUUCUAAGUAGAAUGUUCAAUGUAACUAACUAAAAUUGCAUGUUAAAGAGACCUAGGUUCUUUUUUUCUUUCUUUCAGUUUGCUUUUGGCUUCCUGUAUAUUUGCUUACUGUGCUGUUCUAGUGGUUGUAGGGUAAAGACGCACUGGUGAAGCAGUCGUAGUGCCGACAGAAGGUGAUUCCAGUUGUAUAUGUCACGCAGCAUUUGAAGGGACUGUGCACGCUCUAAAAUCACAGUUGCUUCUAAGCCAGAUUUCAUUUCUAUUCUUGUUUUAUGUGCCAAACCCCAAAGUGCAUUGGGCCUGAAUCUCUGAACACUGUAGACCCAUUAGACAGAAGACUGCUCUGAUCGUCACAAACUGUAGUGCCUGACACUGACUGUCAAAAAGAUGAAAGUCCUCCAAAGAUGACACAGGAAAAAUACUCAAAGUAAUCAUGGCCGAGAUGUCUGUGUUCCUUGGGAGGGCUGCACUCUUGUUUUCUCCACCAUUGGUGCAGUUCGGACGAGCGAGUAGAGUUCAGAGGUCUUCGUGUUCACAUUUGAAACUAGAUAAACGACCUCAUUUUUUUGAGCUUGAAUUCAUUUUUAAUUUUAAUUUUAUUUUAUACAAUGUGUAGAUGGUUCCCUGUUCUCUGCAUUUAGAAGUAUACACAGUACAACUCUGUUAAUUCUGUAAGUAAUUUUUAUAAUUAUGAUGUAACUCUAUCCUUCCUUAAAACAUUCAAAAAUAAACCCUUUAUGUGCAA